AACAAAGCUGUCAUUUUCAGCUCAUUACUCUUCACAAAUUAUGUGUAUUUGUCAGAAAUAACUUUUACAUAAAAUAGUCCGUUUCUUGCUCUUUCAUCAUUGUAAUUUAAAAUAUAUAAAUUUCAUGUAGUGUAACGAGUUCCAAUAAAAUAUAUUUUUCAUAUUCCCUUGACGUCGUAAAACCGAGCAGAGCAAAUAAAGAAUAUCUAGGACCACACUACACUGUCCGUAAAAUCGGUAAAGGGUCGAGAAAUAUACAUUUGAACCCACAAGCAAAGAACAAUGUCCGAACAAGGCAACAAGAAGUCUGAGAUACCGUCAAAUUGCAGCUCCGAUGACAAAGAGCUUGACGACUUGCUCGACAGCGCUUUGGAAGAUUUCAGCAAACACAAGGAAGAAGAUACCAAACCCAUAAGUGGAGAUAUUCAACAGCAUGAGGAUCCUCCAACUGAACAGCUUUGGAAUGAGGAAUUCAUCACUUCACAGGCAAAAAUGUUCGAAGAAAAAAUGGCAGCGCUAUUCGGUGGAGGAGAAACGGUCGAUGCCGACCAGAUCACUCUUGGUUUCCAGCGUAUUGCUGAAGCCGCAGCUAUGGCGGUUCGUGCGGCUCCUACGACCGUUCCAGCAGAUUCAAUAGAUCCUUCUGUUAGCCAAAGUAUCACUGAUGCAUUGAAGGGCUUGAGUGAAGGGCGUGAAAACUUGCAGACGCCAUUUUCCCCAGAGGACAUUGCCGGCAUGUUCGGCAACAUUGACUUGAAUGAGAGCGGCGAAAACAACGCGUUCUUACCAUUCAUGCAAAACAUGAUGCAGAGUUUACUGUCAUCGGAAGUGCUGCUGCCUAGUCUAAAAGAUUUAACCGGAAAAUAUCCGGAAUGGCUGCGAGAGAAUGGUGACAAGGUACCGAAGGAAGAUAAGGAACGAUACGAGAAGCAGCUCAAGCUAAUGGAAGACGUUUGUCGAGAAUUAGAAAAGGAGAAACCCGAUGAUUUGGCUGAAGUGAAGAGGGUACGGUUUCAAACUGUAUUGGAUAUGAUGCAAAGUAUGCAGGACCUUGGUCAACCGCCUGCAGAUCUUGUAGGGGAUCUCGGGCCUGGAAACUUGAACUUGCCAACAAUCGACCCGUCGGCAUUUAGUGACCCUAACCAGUGCGCUACAAGUUAAUUGCUAAUUAUAACUUAUUAAGAGGGUAAUGGUUUUUAGUACUCUUCAAAGUUAAUACGAAAAUUUACGUUAUUUCGAUACCUUCAAUGGUAUAAAUUUGGUUUACAAGUUGCAUGUCGCGGCAUCACUGGUAGAUAUGGUUUGCAUACAAAGGUUUAUUUUUUUUUUGUUUACGCUACAGGUAGAAUGUGUACUGCUGAAGAUGGCUAGAAGUUUUUUACGGUUGAAAGCCGUAUGAGAGCAAUAGCUGAGUCAGUGUGAUUAUUUGUAGAUGAGUAUAUUUUUACUUUAAAUGAACAAAUAAACUGUAACAGCUAUGAA